UCUGUUUUACCCUAUGGCCAUUCUUGAUUUUACAAACUGAGAGGAAGACAUCUACGAUCCUGAUCAUCAGCAUGUUUGUGGAAACUACAUAAUUUACAAAAGUGCUGCAUUUCCAAAGAAGCAAAAUGAGUAACAACACAUCAAAUGACGUAACAGCAUUGUGUCAGACCUUACAGCAGUCAACAGUUAGAAAAUACAAUACGCCCUUCAUUUCUGACUUAUUGCAAAUUGUAUUUGUGGCAGUUACUUCUAUAUUUGCAACAUCAGUAAACUCGGUGGUGCUGAUUGCGUUGCUCAAAAGAUCUGUUUUAAAGACUGCAACGAAUUUGAUAUUGAUAAGCAUGGCAAUUAGUGACUUACUUGUUGGAGUACUAGUCGAACCUUUGGUAGCUGCCCAUCGAUCAUACGAUCUGCAGAAGAAAGAAUCAUGUAUGGUAAAAAACAUUUCUUCCUACCUUGGCAUACUGUGCGUUGGAGCUUCUUUCUUUAACAUAUGCAUGUUCGCCAUCGACCGUUGCUUUGCAACGAUUAUGCCAUACCGCUACAUGGAAUGUAACCUUCACACUAAAUACCUUUUCUCUAUACUUUCUUCCUGGCUUUCCUUGGCGUUGCUUUCUCUUUUAACCUAUCUUGAGGUGAUAGCGAAAAAUGUUCUGUUUGCAAUAAUGGCAAUGCUUCAUGUUUUCUCUGUGCUUCUGACACUGGUGUCUUAUGUUGUUAUAUACCAUGCAGUUAUGGUGCAGCGUAAAAGGGAGAAACAAGUCUUGCCCAGUAACACAUUUAGAGAUCAACCAAUCAAAUCACAGAAUUUAGAGAGCAAAGUUGGUGAAAGCAGCAGCAUGUCCCUAAAAGCAGCAAAAGUCUCAACAAAUCACAUGUCAACACGAGAAAUGGCUCUAAAGAUUACUGAUGUUGCCAGGGAAUCGAUUGCAGAGAGACAGAGAAUGAAACGAACGGGCGCUAUCAACCAACUCAAGAGAUCUUAUGCCGUGAUAACAAUCUUUAGUGCUUACAUAAUUUGCUAUUUCCCGUUGAAUUUCUUAAACUUGAUGACAAGGUUCGUGUCUUUCGAUGAAAGCACUCGAAUCGUCACAUACGGUUGGCUGAAUUUUCUCGUUCUCUUGAACAGCUCCUUGAAUCCUGUGAUCUACUGCAUCAGAGUAACAUCAAUUCGCAACGAAGUGAAGAAAGUGCUCCAAAGCAUUAUCUCGUGGCGACCACUUCAAUAAAAAUUAUCAAGAAACAUUUUGUUGACGAAAAGUUCAUAACCUUUUAAUGCUUUGAAAUCUAAAAAGAUUUUGCUUUUAAGGGCAUUACGGCUUUGAAACUGUUAAAUGAACAAUAACCAUUAAAUAUCUAAUUUAUAAAUUAAUGAAAAAACAUAGAUUUAUUGAAGUUAAAUUUAACUCUGUCUUGCAAAGCCCUUUAGUGCCGUGACGUGGGAAUAAGGUACAUAGUAGUAUUUAAAUAAAUAAGCACUUUGAGAGUGAUUGUUCGUUACUUUAGUUGGGGAAUUGUAGAAAAAAUGACUGGUAAUAGACUGGUAAUAGUAAGGAUUCUUUAACUUUAGUCGUAAGAUUUCAAAACUCUUCAUUUUGUUUAAGAUCUAUAGAUAGUGUAGAUCUCUUUAUUCAGGUGUAUAUUGUAAAUAGUCAAAGGUGUAUCAAAAAUGACAUAACGGUUAUUGAGAGAAUUCGUUAUUGAAAAAUUAUCUGUGUUUGGCAGGACUUAGAUUUACAGUUUUGAACAUCCUUCCUCCUACUGAUUAAUUGACCUUCUAGAAAGUAUCUUGGCCCUGCGUAAACAUGUCCCAUCGAGCAGCAUCCAACGUAUUUGCUCAGUUUUAUGUUGAAUUGUUUUAGCCGAUCCUAUAAUCAGCUCUAUGUUGUUGUGUGCUGCCAGAUGCUUUGCUAAAUUAUGUUUGAUUAGGAAAAAAAUCAGUGGAUGCGCUCAUUAAUUGGAACUGUUGAUAUCGAGCGAUAUUUUUCGAUUUCCCCACCAUAGACGGUGCUACAAGCGAAGACUUUUCUACUUUGCGCAAAUGUCGAAUUAGCUUGGCCACCUGCCAAUGAUUAACACUAAUCGCUUAUGAGCAUCUGCUUUAUCAUUUUGCUGCAUGUUCUUCGGUGAAUCAGUCUGGUUAAUGGUUGAUUCCUUGAAAAUGAAUUUUUAAAAAAAAUUAGUUGAUAGAUUUGAAUUUUUGCUGUUAAGAAUUAUAUCUGAUGCUUAAGCUGAAAACUGCUAGAUGAACAAGACUGCUUGAUGAGUUAUAAAAGGUUAAAAAUCUACACCUUUGUAAAUAAAUAGUUAGUUUAAAAUGAAAAAGGAGGGAAAAGAGAAAAAGGAGGAAAUAGGGAGAAAAGGUGAUGCUACGGUCUCAUGGCUUUAAUCUUCAAUCACUAAUAGGUGCAGAUCGUUAUGAGCAGCAGAUCGCUCUGAUCAUCGAUUUCUUCAUCAUGACUUUUUCCUCAAUUUUGAUGCUAGCAAUAUUUCUCUAAUAUCGAUCCUAAAAAAGGAAACACUAU